AAAGCACUCUAAUUUUUUGGCAGGUCAAUAUUUCAUAACGUGAGAUACAAAGUUCCAUUCAAUGUCACGUCUAUUCUGUCUUUAGUCAAUGCUAUCAUGACACUACUAUGGCUGUCUGCUAUACUCUGAAAUAAUUUCAGAGGUUUUAAUUAAAUAUAAACUGUGAUUUUGUAAUUGAAGUUGUACGAAUAAAAAAGGUUGUAAAAAUGGUAGUGGGUGUUUUUCCAGCUCUCAAAUUGGGAGUUUUAUUUGUUAAACAAAUUAGUAAGCCCUUGGCCAAGUUUCUUGUUAAUCAAGCAAAAAAUCAUCCUGUGUUUAGGACAUAUUUUAUUAUACCACCUGCACAAUUUUACCAUUGGGCAGAGGUAAAAGCUAAAAUGUAUAUAAUGAAUCUUGGUAAGCCUACAAAAGUUGCAAAGUUGAAUGAAACUAUGGCUAUAGAAUUAGGAGCUAAUUUGAUGGGUGAGGUUAUUAUUUUUAGUGUUGCUGGUGGUUGUUUAAUAUUAGAAUACAAUCGCCAAGUAGCAAAAGAAGCAAAAAAAGAGGAAGCACGGCUUCAACAAUUACAAACAUUUACGGAUGAGAUUAGAAAUUUGAAUCAAAUGACAUCUCAACAAGAAAGUCAGAUUCAAUAUUUGCAUGAAGCUAUUCAGGAAUUAGCAAAGCAUACAAAGUAUGAAGUGAUUGCAAAGCCAAGAGUAAAGGAAACAAAUUUACAAAUGCAACAAUUAAAUGUUGAUGAAAGCCAAAAUGGUGUGAAAUCAAAAAAUGAGAAACCAUCAAUAAUUGAACGUGCUAUAUUAUAUUAUGAAAAUAAUGUAAAACCAGAAAAAUUCAGUUAACUGAAAUUUUACUUUAAAUUUUAUUAAUGUUUGUGAUAGAAUAGGUACAACAUAAAUAAUAUUUAAUGAAACAAAUGAAUUCAUAAUAUAGUGUAUAUAAAAAAUAUUUCCCACAAUAUAUACUUGACUUAAUAUAUGACUUUAUAUAUAAUUAAAAUCACAUACAACACAAUUCUACAUUGGUAUUUUGUACAUCAUUAUGGAGAAUAUUCAGUGUUUUCUAUUUAUGCUUAUACAUGUAUAGUUUAUUCUUUUCUUUAUCAGCAAUAAUUUUCAAAAACACAUACAGUUUCGGAAAAACAAAAGCGGUUUACAUCUAUAAAAGUGUUUCAAGUUUCACUAUUUUAAAUAGUGAGGUAAUCAAUCUAUUUACAUUCAAUUAAAUUGUAUUAUAUGAAAAAUAAAAUAAUAAUAACAAUGAUAAAAAACGAAA